AUGGACCGGGCGGACUUGGAUCGGCUUUUGGACCCCUCUGAGGUGGACAACAUCCGGAAGGCCCAGAAUCCGAUCGGCAUGGCCAUCAAUCGCAUUCGGACCAUUGAGAGGGAGUCCGGCCGUGCGCGGGAGAUGCAAGAUCGCAAGGGAAGUGGGAAGGGCCGUGCGCCGACUCCCCCACAGGCCCGGAGGAGCCUCUCACCGCCGCCGAAAGCCCGGCGGCGGCCAAGCAGGAGCCGAAGCCGCUCGAACCCCUCUCCGAAGCGCGAGGCGCCACCGCUGCCGAGACGUUUGAGGCCGGAGUCCGGAGGACCCGCGGGGCGGAAACCGUCGGACAGCCGCCGGCCCUCCAGGCGGGCUGCCGAUCGGGGCGCCUAG